AUGCUUCGCACCGCAGGGAUCUUGGAGUCGAGUGGAGUGGCUUUUACUACUUUCCAGUUCUCAGGGGCUGCAUUUACAUGGUGGGAGGAUUUGGAGAGGCGUAGGGAGCGUGAGGAGUGGGAGGCCAAGAGGCCUCGAGGUUCAGGCAGUUUCGGUGGUGCUCCGUUUAGGGGCCAGUUCCAGCGUGGUAGAGGUCGUUCCUUCAGCCCUCCUAAGUCAACUCGCCCAGAUUGCUACGAGUGCGGUGAGUUUGGCCAUAUGAAGAGGGAGUGUCCUCGACGUCGUGGUGGUCGGUUUCAGCAGAGAGAUCAGCCCCCGUCUUCUACUCCAGCUACUUCAGCACCCUCCCAGUCAGGUAGGGGUGGGAGCCAGGCAGCCAGGGGCCGCCCUAGGGGUGGAGACCGAUCUGGCGGUGGCCAGGCUUGA